AUUCGAGUGAGUCUAACGAUUGUCAUAUCGACGUCCAGUAGAUUCUGUUUAUGUCUCUCUGUUAAGUGUAAACCAACAUAAUAAUUCGAAACUACAACAUGAUUGCAACGAAUACAGUAAUAUCUCUCUGUUUAUCUGUGAUAAUAUGUACCUCGUUCUCUCAAGUAUACGGAAUGUACGGCAUGUAUGAUGGCUAUUGGGGCCCAGGCUAUAAUCCACACGGUCGAAUGUCCGAGUACUGUGGCUUGUUUGGUUCGGAAAUGUUCGACGAGGGUCGCUGCAACAGGGAUGUUCUCGAGGAAGUCUACGACAAAGAUAAGGAUAUCUACCACGAUGGGUUCAUGAGGCAGCUCUUUAGACGGGCAAGACGGGGAGUGCUCUGCUAUGCCAACGGACCACAAGUGAUGAAUAUAAGAGGAGCCUGUGAUGCUAUGCAACUUGCCUGUCGCGGCCCCCCUUUUAUCCAACAGAGUCCACCAAGGAUUGAUAGCUGCUGGAGUAUAAGGGCAGCUCAGCAGAAUCCUCCACCAGCCGGUCCUGCAGUGACCAAUCGACCAAAUCCUCCUGUUCCAGGCCCGCCGGGCUGGUAUGGCUGGGGAAUGUAAACAUUUUACAGCGAUUUCGUUUACCAAAACUUCUCUACAGUCGUCAUUUGGAUUGUCAUGCCAUCCGGCAUGCCACCAAAGUUCACUUUACAGAGGUUGGAUUCCUUCAAUGAAAUCACAUCAAUGAUGUGAUAUGAUUUAUGCUACGGGCACACCAAUAAAUCCGAUUGGAACUCGAUCGAUGGUAUGUCAUUUGACAUUAUGCAAGAGAAUCGGUCGGUUUAUUAUCCAGAAAGUGUCUGCUUAGCUGUUGCGAAAAAUCCCGUAUGACGUUUAGCUGACAAUGGAUUGACCAGGUUUUCGUUAAGGAUUUUUCGCAACAGCUAAGCAGACUCUUUCUGGAAAGUAGAGAAUCUAUAUAUUGUCAAAUCCCCUUCAUGACAAUGCAGUCUUUGCCGAGGCUCGUUGAAACUUGGAACCUGGAAAGAUGACAUGCUUGCAUUUUUUUUGGCAGCUCCGAAACUUACGAUGCAAUUGCUGUUCCGGUUCCAUUCAAGAAUUUUAGACAAAGACCCUAGCUGUUCAUCGUCAUUUGACGGGCUUUUUCAAUACUUUCACGUUGUUCUUGAACAUGUUGAAUGGAAGCGUGGAAGCGAAAACCCUCUACUAUUAUAUGUUUCAUGCACCAUCACCCAGCGAUCUGAAGAAAUACCCAAAUCAGUGAGAUAAUGAGUGUAGAGGGUUUCACGGUACACCAUGCAUCUUUCGUGGGCAAGUGGUACACGGUGUACCGUGAAACCCACUACACUCUUCUUCUUCACCAUGGAAACCUUCAGUAGUAGUGAGACCAUAUAUAUUUUGCUUUUACAUUGUGCAUAUGGUAUUUUUUAAACGGAAAGAUUCAAUAAGUGAAUUGUAUUUUAAAGUAGUGAUAACAUUGCGUUAAGCAUUGACAUGAUCUUAUAUAAAAUGAUGAUGUAAAAAAAUAUACAUAAUAAUUAUUGCCGAGUAUACCGUUCACGUGAUGAAUUGUUCAUAUUUAUUGAAUAUUUGUUUCUGUGUGUUGAAAAAUAAAUAUACAUGUAUGUAGUAUUAGGUAAUUUGUUCUACAGCGUAACUCUGUAAAAAAAAUAAUUUUUUUUUAUACUGUACAUCACGAGACACCUAAGUCCGUGCAUGGAUGAUAAAAUGUGGACGUAAAUGUAUAUUUGCUUGUCAGCAAUAGAGAUCU